AUGCCCACCUUCAAAGCCCGGAUCAUCAGCUGGCUCAUCUGGUUCUGGUUCAAGAGUACAUGGUCAUCCGCCGAGGGCAUCAACAACCGCAUCGCCAAGGAGCGCCUUCGCCCCGAGAAACCGCCCCCGAAACAUCUCUACAAGGAGUUCGCCGUGGAAGAAUACAAGAGAAAAGGCUACAUCGCCAAUUACACCGUCUACAUCGUCUCUCCAAAAACAGAGACUCCCACCCGAGGCCGUAUUCUCUAUCUCCACGGCGGCGGCUUUGUCUUUGACAUCACCCCGCAGCAUUGGGAGCUCGUGGCGCAACUUGCACGACGACUUAAUGCUGCCAUCUAUGUGCCCAUUUACCCUCUGGGGCCGGAGACGCCCCUGAUGAGGAUGUACGAGUUCGUUCAGCCCCUCUACGACGAGCUGGCGGGGGCUCCAGACCGGUCACCUUUCUGGGUUAUGGGCGAUUCGGCUGGAGGGACCAUGUCUCUUGUCCUCACGCAGAAUGCAAAACUGGCUGGCCGUCAGAUUGCGCAGCGCAUCGUGGCCAUCACGCCUUGCACGGACUCCAGCCUCGCAAACCCCGACCUGCACGCUGCAGCGCCCAAGGACCCGUGGCUCGACGUCCCCGGCAUAGCUGAAAUCACACGGCUCAUCUGCCCCGAGAUGGACACCAAGCAUCCCGACGUGAGCCCCAUCUACGGCGACUUGAGGCUGCCCCCGAUGCUUGUCUUCGCAGCAGGGCUGGAUCUCCUGACGCCGGACACCAGGAAGAUGGUUGACAUAGCCAGGAAAGAAGGCACAAGGGUCGAGCUGGUGUACGGAGAGGGCAUGGUUCACGUGUGGCCGCUUCUCCCCAUGUGGGAGGGAAGGCAGGCUGUCGAUAAGAUGGUUGAAUGGUUGGGAAUCGAUUAA